AUCAAAUAUGUCUAACGCCCCUGAAGAAUACAAGUACCACUUCGAUACCCUCCAGGUACACGCUGGUCAGGUUGUUGAUCCUUCCACAAACUCGCGUGCAGUCCCCAUCUAUGCUACUUCCUCCUAUGUAUUCAAUGACAGCGACCAUGGUGCCGACCUGUUUGCUCUUCGCGCCAGUGGUAACAUUUACUCCAGAAUCAUGAACCCCACCAACGAUGUGUUCGAGAAGCGAAUUGCUGCUCUCGAGAAGGGUAUCGCUGCUACUGUCGUGUCUUCUGGCCAGGCUGCCCAGUUUUUGACCAUUGCUACACUUGCUACUGCUGGUGACAACAUUGUUGCUUCGUCAAGCAUCUAUGGUGGUACUUAUAACCAGUUCAAGGUUGUCUUCCCCCGACUUGGUAUUCAAGUUCGCUUCACUGAAAGUGAUGAUCCCGAAGAUUUCCGCAAGUUGAUCGACGAGAAGACCAAGGCUGUUUAUGUUGAAAGUCUCGGUAACCCCAAGUUCAAUGUUCCUGAUUUCAAGGGCUUGGCUGAUGUUGCUCACUCUGAGGGCGUUCCUUUGGUUGUCGAUAACACUUUCGGUGCUGGUGGUUACCUCGUGAAGCCUCUUGAGCAUGGUGCUGAUAUUGUUGUACACUCUGCUACCAAGUGGAUUGGAGGCCAUGGUACCACCAUUGGCGGUGUUGUUGUUGAUGCCGGUAACUUUGACUGGAACAAUGGCCGCUUCCCUGAAUUUACAUCCCCCUCCCCUAGCUACCACGGUUUGAACUUCUGGGAGACUUUCGGCAAGGCUGCCUUUUCUUUCCGUCUUAGAACAGAGAGUCUCCGUGACAUCGGUGCCUGUCUUAAUCCCUUUGGUUCUUUCUUGUUGUUGCAGGGACUUGAAACCUUGUCUCUCCGUGUCCAGCGUCACGUCGACAAUGCUCUUGAGCUUGCUCGCUGGUUGCAGGCCAGAGAUGAUAUUAACUGGGUUUCUUACCCUGGUCUUGAGAACCACCCUUACCACGCUAUUGCCAAGAAGUACCUCCAGCACGGUUUCGGUGGUGUCUUGACAUUCGGUGCCAAGGGAUCUCUUUCUACUUUUAUCAACAAUCUCAAGCUCAGCUCUCAUCUUGCCAACGUUGGUGAUGCCAAGACUCUUGUAAUUGCUCCUGCUCUUACUACUCAUCAGCAGUUAUCCGAUGAGGAGCAGCGUGCUUCCGGCGUCACAAAGGAUAUGAUUCGUGUCUCUGUCGGAAUCGAACACAUUGAUGAUAUCAAGCACGAUUUUGAGGUUGCUCUCAAGGCUGCCAACGCCCCUGUUGAGGCAUCUCUUGACAACCUUACUAUUGCUUAAAUUUAUAUAUACUGUACUAUUUUCCCUUAUUUUAUUCAUCCCCAUCUCUACUCUUAUAAAAGAGCUUACUAACUACUGUAUUAAUAAACAACAAAAAAGAAUCGGCUAUAAAUCGAUUUUUGUUAUAAUGUAAAGAUAA